AUGUUUCACCACCAUCAUCAAUAUUACAAUGUCAACUCUAAUAUUGAUAACUAUUCAACUUCAAUAAGGAGUGAAAGUUUAGACGAAAAUGAGAUGGAGUAUGAUGAUGAAAAUGAAGGAAAUGAUCAAGAUGAUCAAUAUGGUGAAGAUGGAGGCUCUGUUCAGCAUGUUGAUGCUAGUCUCUACACCCAACCAUCAUUUCAAGAUCUAGUUUCACAAUUUGGUUCACCACCGAGCUUCACUCAAUUGGUUCAACCAUCUCAACAACAUCCUAAUGAUGAAGCCCCUAUACCUUCAAAAAAAAGUUGGGAUUUGAUUGAAGAUAUUGCUUUUAUAUGUUCAGUCAUGAACACAAGUACAGAUCCAAUUGUGAGCACCAACCAAAAGAUAAGAGUGAGGUGGCAAAAAGUUAAGGAAGCUUAUGAAGCAACGAGGAUGGAAUGA